UCAUGUGAUCACAACAGUCAGCUGACAAGGAAGUCACGCACUUGUUCAUUGAGCGGCUUUCGCUCGCAGUAAUAUUAUUUCAGCGUUAUUUUCAUUAAGCAUUCUUUCUUUUUUAAAUACCAGUUAAUUGCUUUAAGGAUCGUGCUUAUGUGUUUAAGAUGAAUCCUCGCGUGGCAGCGCUCAUCACGCUGUUUUUGUGCGCGCUUUCCACCGGUGCAGCCCAGCACCUGGACACAGAGUGGCUGUCGGGUGAUCUAUACGAGUCUCCUCAGCUCCUGCAAGUCUCUAAUAGCACAAACUCGUCAGGUCUGAUCUAUGGAUUCAUAUCCUGCGCCGUCUCCGCGCUUUUCUACGGAAGCAACUUCGUACCAGUGAAAAAGAUAGACACUGGUGAUGGUAUGUUUUUCCAGUGGAUUCUGUGUGCUGCUAUAUGGACCGUCUCCCUAGUGGUAAACAUCAUUCUGAACAGCCCAAAAUUUUGGCCUCUUGCUAUGCUUGGAGGAGCCAUUUGGGCCACUGGUAAUGUAACUGUAGUUCCUAUCGUAAAGACUGUUGGGCUUGGUCUCGGACUUCUUAUAUGGGCUUCGUUUAAUCUGCUUAUGGGCUGGGCUAGUUCACGGUUUGGCUGGUUUGGUAUAGAAGCUGAAACCGUAUCCAAACCAGUACUCAACUACUGUGGAGCGGGUCUUUGUUUUAUCAGUGCCAUUGUGUUUUUCUUUGUGAAGAGUGAUGGUCAAAGAUCAACAACAUCUGAAGAAACACCAUUAUUAAUAGACCAUUCUGUGAACUCAGAAACGGUGAACGCGACAGAUGAUUCCUGGGUGGAUGCAUUAACACCACGCUCCAAACGUAUUGUUGGGUCGCUGCUUGCUGUCGUUGCUGGACUGCUGUAUGGUUCAUCAUUUGUUCCAGUUCUGUACAUUAAAAACCAUGCAGCUGAUCCAGAUAGCCAAUACAGAGGAGCUAGCCAGUUUGAUCUGGAUUAUGUCUUUGCACAGUAUAGUGGGAUCUUUCUUACCAGUACCGUGUAUUUCCUGCUGUACUGUGCCUUCAAAAAGAAUAAACCACAAGUGUUCCCUAAAGCUGUACUGCCAGGGUUUGUGUCUGGCUUGAUGUGGGGCGUGGCCACAUGCUGCUGGUUUUUAGCCAAUCACUAUCUAAGUGCUGUAGUGAGCUUUCCUAUUAUCACCACGGUUCCUGGAGUGAUUGCUGCUCUCUGGGGUGUUGUGGUUUUCAAGGAAGUGAAGGGUUUGCGAAAUUACAUUGUCCUCAUCUUAGCAUUUUGUCUUGUUAUAUCUGGAGCUUUAUUGACUGCAUUUUCAAAGGUUUAAUUAAAUCUUGACCCAAGAAAAAAUCCGUAAAUACUUAAGACACAUGGUUGGGGAAAUGUUUUAAUUAUACCUUUACAAUUAUUUUUUAUAGUAUUUUCAGAAAUAUUUUUAAUACUUGAAAUGAGAUUUGUAGCAAUUUUAUAUACUGUAUAAAGGUCAUGUUACACCAAUAACCUAAACAAUAAGGGUAAUAUAACUGUUUGUCAGGAAAAGUGCAAUAUUUUCAUGGAUUUUAUGUUAUUGGGAGUGAAUUAGAAAACUUAAACAUGUUUUUUUUUCAUGUUUACACAAUAAUGCACCUCAUUUUACUUGUGUUUAUUGUCUUUUUGCACAUGUAUUGAUUGCUGGUUUUCAUUUAUCUAAUAGAUUAAGGCACAUGAUAAAAAGGGUUGCAUCUGUAAAUUUGAUUUGAAAUCUUCUGCAUUUCAUUGUUUUUUUUAUUGAGAUACUUUUUUGUACAGAAUCAAAAUCAUCUCCAGUUAAAUUUGCUUGAUUUUGUAUUACUUUGUCAUUUUAAGAGACAAGAUUGAUUUUGCAAUGCAACUUUGUAAGCACCCUUUACUCUCACAUUUGAAUGUUUUAGUUGUUUUUUUUCAUUAAUCUCUGUGAAUCACUUCAUUGACAAUCUUCAACAAGAACAUAAUGCAAAUUGCCAGGCAACAUUUGUAAUGUAGCCCUUUAAACACAGUUAUGAAUUUCUGCACAGGUAUUGGUUUGGUUUUAGGAGCAUAAAGAUUUAUUUUGCGAUGUUACUUUGUAAGCACAUUUUCAUUUCACAUUUGAAUUGUUUUUUUAAAUUAGUUUACAAACUAAUUAGCAUAAAAUGCAACAAGUACUAGUAAUGAUGGUGCUUUCUUUUUUUAUGUUGUAGUAAUAAGGCAAAUUGUGAAGUUUAUCCAAAUCUUUUUUUGUUGUUGCAUGAAACAACAUAGCGGCUUGUUCUACACAAGUUUUGUGGGAUUCACAAAGUAAUUGAUGAGUUGUUGUAUUGUAAUCACCAAAAUAUUUAUUUUUAAAUAAAGGGAAAUUUUCAAGCUUUAUGCUGAUUUAAUGGGAAAAAGAAAAUAUUCAGAAAAAGCUUGCUAAAUAAUAACUUAUGCAAGACCAGAAGAGUUGAGAUGCAAAAAGACUAAAAUAAGAACUGGAAAGAAAAUUAUCAAAAAAAAUUUAUUCUGAACUGUACAAAAGGUGUUAAUGUCAAGUAUAAACAAUCAAAAAUCCCCCAGCAAUUAAACCGUUUAGUUCCACUUAUUCCCUACUAUUUCCUAACUAAAGCACUACGCUUAUUGUAUCUCUUUUAGCUGACUGCUGCAUAUCUGUCUAGUUAAGUAACAAAUAUGACUAACUUGUAAUCAAACUUA